GCUUAAAAGACCACGUGGCAGUUGUUAAUUGGUUGGACCUUGGUGAGAUAAUACAGUAGUCAAAACUAGGUGAGGUUUUGGUGUUUUCGCUCUCUGCGUGUGUGUUUCGGUGGGUAGAGCGAUUUAUUUUCUUGGGCGAUUUUCUCGAGGGAGGAUGGAGACUUCUCUGAGGUAUACGUGCAAUUCAAAGUCUCUGAAAAUCCAUGCGAAGGAGAAGCUCCCGGUGAACUCGAAAACCCAUUUGCAGCUUCAUGGAGAGCUAGAUACUGGAACUGGGGCUCCUAGUUACUUCUGUGCGAUGAUUAGACACCUUUUCCCCGAGGCUGCAACAGGCCUGGGAGUAGGAAUCCAUUAUGAUAAGCGCCAAAAGCUUCGGUGUCACGUACGUGGGAAAAAAGAGUUUCCUGUGAGAGAUGACAAGAGUGUCACCUUCAAUGUCAAAGGCCGGUGUGAUUUUGAUCAAGACUUCAAUCAGAGGAACCCUAUAGGUGCUGCAGAGUUUGCCUGGAACAUAAUGAAUUUCAAGGAAGAUCAGGAUGUGAGGAUCAAAGUUGGCUACGAAAUGUUUGAUAAGGUUCCUUAUAUGCAGAUUAGAGAAAACAACUGGACUCUUAACGCCAACAUGAAGGGGAAAUGGAACUUGAGGUUCGACCUGUAACUGCAUUUAGUAUUCAUCUGUCAUCGUCUUGAGAAGAAGUGUAUUAGUACUAUUACGGAUAAGCACACUUUGAUUCUAUCCAUUAAUCAAAUUCAAAUUCAGAGAUCUU